AUGGAAUUAUUUGGAAUUCACUUUGCACCCCUUCGAGUGCCGUUAAAAAGAAGACUACAAACACUUGCCGCCGCUGCAUGGAUAUUUGUAUUAGGAUUUGGUGGUGUUAUAGGAUGGCUUUCAACUAUUUAUUUUCUUCUUUUUACUACGUGGAUGAGAUAUUUUAGUAUUUUUUAUUUAAUGUGGAUAUAUUAUGAUAAAGAUACUUGUAUUCGAGGUGGGCGUGCUUUAUGGUGGUAUUAUUACCGUGAUUAUUUUCCAAUAAAACUUCAUAAAACGGUGGAUCUUGAGCCAUCAAAAAAUUAUUUAUUUUGCGCAUACCCUCAUGGAAUUUUAGCGUCAGGCGCUUUUGCAGCAUUUGCAACCAAUAUUUUGGAGUUUGAAAAACUCUUUCCGGGUCUUGAGUCCAAAAUGCUUACUCUCACUCAGCAUUUUAUGGUACCAUUUUUCAGAGAAUUCGCAUAUUGCUGUGGAGCUUGUAGUUCAAGUGCUGAAAGUAUUGAAAAUUUGUUAUCCUAUAAAACAACAAGCCCAGAAGAUUUCAAUAAUGCUGUCAUACUGAUAGUUGGUGGAGCAGCAGAAGCUUUGAAUUGCAAACCAUCUACAUAUCGUAUUAUUUAUAAUAAAAGAAAAGGUUUUAUUAGGAUGGCGUUAAAAACAGGUGCACCAUUGGUACCAGUUUUUUCAUUUGGUGAAACAGAUAUAUACGAUCAGGUUAAUGCUAAAGAAAAUUCAUUUUUACAUAAUUUUCAACAAACAAUGAAGAAUUACACGGGACUUAUUCCAGUAAUUGUUAAAGGUCGAGGAUUAUUUCAAUAUACAUUUGGUAUCGUACCCUAUAGAAGACCAAUCAAUGUUGUUGUUGGAGCACCUCUAAAUAUCCCAAAAAUUACUGAACCAUCUAAUGAAGAAAUAGACAAGUACCAUGGCCUAUUUAAAGAAAAAUUGUUAGAAUUAUUUGAAACACAAAAAUACAAUUAUUUAAGCAAUCCUAAAGAUAUUAAUUUGAUAUUAGAAUGA